CGGGAGAGCGGGAAGCCGGAGGGGGCGGGGCAGAGGGCCGAGGCCGGCAGGUGCCGGGGCGCGGGGAUGCCCGGGGCGCGAGGACACCUGUAGGCAGUGGCCCGCGUGCAGAGCGCCGCGGUCGGGGCGGGCGGCCGCUCUCCGCCAGGCUGCUCGGCUGGGCGGGGCGGAGCAGAGGAGCGCCCGGCAUGUCGCAAGGGCUGCUGACCGACAGUAGCGUCCUGCAGAGGAGCGUCGCGGCGCCUGGGAACCAGCCGCAGCCGCAGAGCCCUGAGGAUGAUGACAGGAAGGUCCGAAGGAGAGAAAAAAAUCGAGUUGCUGCUCAGAGAAGUCGGAAGAAGCAGACUCAGAAGGCUGACAAACUCCACGAGGAGUAUGAGUGCCUGGAGCAGGAAAACACCAUGCUGCGGAGGGAGAUCGGGAAGCUGACGGAGGAGCUGAGGCACCUGAGCGAGGCGCUUAAGGAGCACGAGAAGAUGUGCCCGCUGCUGCUCUGCCCCAUGAACUUUGUGCAGGUGCCUCGGCCGGACCCGGUGGCCACCUGUCUGCCACGAUGAAGCCUGAGGAUACUCCUCCUCUGCUGAGUGAGGAGCCUUGAUCAUUUUCACACCUGGGAGGAAAAGUUUCCCUCCGCAUCUGUUGCAGGGUCACCUGUGGCCAGGUCUCCUCCUGGGAGCUCCAGGGCCAGCUGUGGCCUCUGCAACCUGGCUCAGCAUGGCAAUCUGUAGGCACCUGACUCUCAGUCCUGGAGCAGCAAGCAGAAAGGCCACCAGCAGAAAGGUCACCUUCAGGAGUCACUUCUCAUCCGCUUUGGCAGCUAGUAGGUUCUGCAGGAUCAUUUCCUCUAGAAUUGGGAUAAUAAUAAAGACAGAUAUUGUCUCUCCUUUCUCCAAGUUGCUGGAAUUUAGGAGCACAAUACAGUUCCUCUUUCUGGGGUGAUCACCUGUCUCCCCAGGUUGUUUUAUAGCUCAUGGGUCUUGUUUCCCUCUCCUGUUCAUCUCCCCCAAAGCCAUAUCCAUGGUAGUUGGCCCAGACACUCUCGCUGGGGCUGGGGCAAAACAUAAGUGGGCAGGAUUUCAUAGCCACCUCUGUGCUUUCAGAAGUCUUUGACCCAGCUGGGUCACCAGGGGACAGGUUGGAUGUGGCUCAUGUUUGGCUUAUCCAUCUUGGCCAGCUCACACCCAUGGCACUGUCAUGGAAGAUUUUCUAUUCCAGGACUGUUUUCCUAACUGCUGUGUAUAUUCCCAGGUCACCUUUCCAUUCU